UCAUGAAAUAAUUCAUUUAAUUUGCCACAAAACCAAUAAUGGCACCAGAUAGAGAUCAGAAGGCCUCUAAAUGGUUUGCCAACAAGAGUGUUAGGUUGAGCCUCGAUUGCCGAGGAGCAAAGUCUGUCUCGACAUUAGACUCUCUUAGAUCUCCAAGAUCUCCUAUGUCGUCGCCACGUACCCCAAAGUUGACAUCAAAGGAAGACGAACUCAAAGAAGUUUUUCGUUACUUUGAUGGAGACGGGGAUGGCAAAAUCUCGGCUUUAGAGCUGAGGGCAUACUUUGGAUCGAUCGGAGAGUACAUGUCGCAUGAAGAGGCUCAAGGGUUCAUUGCUGAUCUCGACUCUGAUGGGGACAACUUGUUGGACUUGGAAGACUUCCUGAAGCUGAUGAAGAGGGAAACUGGUGGUGGACAAGGUGAUGAGGACCUCAAGAAAGCGUUCGAGAUGUUUGAAAUGGAAAAAGGGUCAGGGCGCAUAACCCCAACGAGCUUGCAGAGGAUGCUGCAUCGACUUGGGGACCCGAAAUCGUUCGACGAGUGUACGGCCAUGAUUCGAGUCUAUGACAUCGAUGGCAAUGGAGUGCUAGACUUUAACGAGUUUCAUCAAAUGAUGGCAUAAACGGAUAAGUAUAUAAUAAAAUUGUUGUUAAAGUCUUAAAUGUCAUUGUGUAUAUAAAUCCGAGACGUGAUGAACUCCUAGAUUAGAUGCAUGAUGCUCGUGAUUUCUAAAAGCAAAAAACCUAAAAAAAAAAAAAAUGCAUGAGUACGUGACUCCAUCGUUUCUGGUUGACUUUGCCUCUGCACAAUCACAUGGAACCAAAUUUUUAGCAGUUUAUAAAUGGAAGCCUUGUAAUAAAGUUUGAGUGGUACACUAAUAAUAAUAAAAGCAUGAUUUGGCUUGGUUUGA